AUGGGGGAUGAGAAACUAUUCAGAGAUCUUCAGCUCAGCAAAGAUCGCUACGAGCAAGCCGGUUACAUAAUCAGCAGCAUUCCGAUCAGCGAAGAUCAUCAACGGUGGCUCGCCGAAAAGGCGGCGUUGUCGCAACAGAGCACAUCCAGCGGCGCCGGUCAGACGAACAGCUCGUGCGACACUUCAAUCUCCCGCCAGACUGGCCCAUUGCGGAAUCAUCAUUCGUCUUCAGACUCACAGUCAUCUUGGACCUCUGACAAUAGCAAGACAUCGGGGCCCACGGACACCGGUGAGCCUCUAGCCGUCAACGAACUGCUCAUCUCCUUGUGCUUCGAGAAUGAGGACCACUUCGAAAGCAAAGUCUUGCUGGACAGUGGCUCUGAACAUAAUUGGAUCUCCAACAGCAUCAUCAAGAAGCGCCGUAUUCCCCAACAACACGACCAUGACGGGGAUCAGAUAUACAUGGAUUUCUCGAACCGCGAGCUUCGGUCACUUGGCGUCGUCAAAGCCCAAUGGAUGUUUAACGACGCGCUCAUCCCGGUCAAGUUCAAAAUCGCACCUGAUCCUCCUGUCGAGGUGUGCUUCGGGUAUAGGUUUCUGCUGGAGAAAGAGUUGGUUCGUUUUUUUCACAGCGGAGCUGUGGCUGGCCUGGUGAAAGGAAAGCGAAAAGCUAACAGUGAAGAAAAAGCAGCAAUUCAGCAGAAAGAGAGGACCAUCGACAGUUUGAAUGACAAGAUCAAAGAUUUCCUCAGCUGGAAAAAGAAAAUGGAAGAGCGAGGGUGGGAAUGGGACAAAAACGCCAACAAUUUCUUUCGCACGCAGGGCAACACCAAGGUGUGGAACCAAGCAGGAUACCUGCUGGAUCUUCGGACCGACGAUCUAUUGCGGAACAGCCCUCAAAGAGCCGACAACGCGUAG